AUGAGUGUCAACACAUCACCCAUUAGGCUGCGUGAUACGCCAGCUGAGUUGCAGGCCAAACUCAACCUGACAGGACCCAGAUUUGACAACUUCAAGAACUUUGCUCGACGGGCGCACAACGAAUAUAUCCAGACACACCCAACAUCAAGGUGGGCCAACGUGAAUGUGGUCUGGACGGCACUGCCAGAGCAGGAGAGGUUGGAAACUAGUCGAAUCAUGUACGACCUGUGUAAGGCAGCAUCCCUGUUUCCGGCCGGUUACCCCCAAAGUCGAAUCAAAGAAGGAAUCGAAGCGAGGCUCCAUCAAGUCAGGAGGACCUGGCAACAAGGAAAACGAGAGAACCAGAGACAACACGCAGAUGACGACUGA